AGCAGGACUUACAACAUUUAAAAUUUAAAACAAUGUAUUUACUAUUUGUGUCGCUAGAAAUAGUCUUAUUUAUUUUUGCUCUACUAUUUUCACUAUUCGUCCUCGCCGUGCUUACGUUUAGGUUUGUUAUAGAACCUAUAAAAAAAGGACGAUGUACUUGCAAGACUGAUUUAACUGGAAAAGUGGUGAUAAUAACCGGAGGAAACUCAGGCAUAGGUCUCGAAACAGCAAGAGAUCUAUCCAGACGCAAUGCCAAAGUAAUAAUAGCGAGCCGAGAUACGAAGAAAUCUGAAGAGGCUGUCAAAUCUAUAAAGGAAACCUCAGGAAACGAUAAUGUGGAAUACAAAUAUUUGGAUCUUUCAAAAUUUUCAAGUAUCAGAGAAUUUGUGAGUGAUUUCAAUAAAAAUAAUAAAAGGUUGGAUAUACUAGUGAACAAUUCCGGCGUAGGGGGAUUAAAGAAUAAGUUGACCGAAGAUGGUAUAAAUAAUCUUAUGCAAAUUAAUUAUGUAGGACAAUUUUUGUUGACGAACUUGUUGUUAGAUAAACUCAAAGAAAGUGCUCCUAGUAGAAUUGUAAUAGUGUCGUCAUACUUACACAAAUGGGCAAAGCUUGAUCCUAAUAACAUAGCUGGAAGGAAUUUGAAGGCGUCACUAAAUUUAUAUAACAUAAGUAAACUUUGUGGUGUACUUUGGACAAAGGCGUUAGCUAAAAGGCUCCCGAAAGAAGUUGUAGUGAAUGCACUGCAUCCAGGGGUAGUGAAAACGCCAAUUUUCAAGAAAAUACCAGGAUGGAGACAAAAAUUAUUAUAUUUUGUGAUUAGUUUGUUAUUCAAGACUCCGGAGGAAGGUGCACAGACUAUCAUACAUUUAUCUGUUUCGCCAAAUAUAAAAACUUCUGGCGAUUAUUAUGUGGACUGUGAAAAGUCGAAGCCAGCUGAAGAAGCGUUUGACGAUGAGUUGGUAGAAAAGGUUUAUAGAGAAACUAUGAAUUUAAUAAAGAUUUGAUUGUG